AUGGCUUUCAGAUCCAGAAAGCGAACAUCAACUGGCGAAUUCGUUAAUGACGGGGAUCAGCCAAAGAGGAUGAAGACUGAGACGACAAAUAAUAAUGCUGCCCCUGAUUCUCCUAGAAUUGAUUCCAACGGAGAUCCAUACUGGGAAAUAUCUAGAAUGCGUCGCGUCACCAUAUCCACAUUUCGGGGGAAAACGAUGGUCAACAUUAGAGAAUACUAUGAAAAAGAUGGCCAAGAGCUCCCUGGAAAGAAGGGCAUCUCUAUGCCGAUGGACCAAUAUGCAGCAUUCGUCAAUUUACUCCCGGGUAUAGAAGCUGUACUCAGGGAGAACGGACAGUCAGUUCCGCGUCCGAACUAUGACGAUACCAUUGGCCAAUCAGAUGGAUGUGACGAUGAGGAUCAGGGCGAAGCUGGCAGUGACCCCGAGAACCCUACGUCUCCGAAGAACGAUGAGGCGGCUACAAGCAACGGAGAGGAGGAGGAAGAAUGA